ACUUCAUCCCCCUCUCCAAUUCCAACUGACCGUUCUGAACGGAAUUUGUCCGCCACCUCUGACCCCUCACCCUCUGACCAACUCUCCUCCCUCUAUCCACCUCCCUCUCCUGUUAACUGUUCCUCUCAGCCUUGCUCUCCUGUUAAACAGCCCUCUCUCCCCAGGUCACCUGCCAAACACCCUUCCCCAGUGAAAUCCUCUCCAGUGGUGUCCCGCCCUAGUUCUCCCUCUCCUACCAACACUCUGGACAGUCAUGGAGACACCAGCCAAGAGGGCGCAACAGUCAGCUUUACAAGCUCAGCCACCAGAAGGUCAGAGGAGACCCAGGGGGCCAGAGGAGAACGGGGGGCCCUGGUCAACAUGGAACUUCUUGGGUUGCCUAACAUUGGCAACACUUGCUUCCUAAACGCCACCCUGCAGUGCCUCCUGGUCCUGCCUUCCUUCUCAAAGGAAAUCCUACGCCAGGAACAACUCUGGAGCUCCUCCCCCUUCUCCAACCUGCUCAGGUGUCUGUCUGAUGUGCACCGUUCGGGUCUACUUGACAGUGGCGCAAACCAGGCCUCAAAAGCAGACCUCAUGUGGAAGGUCAAGUACUCCUUGUCGGGAUAUGAUUUGAAGUAUCUGGGGGACACGCAACAGGACGCACACGAGUUACUUGUGAAUAUGCUGUGCCAGCUGAAGGAGGAGGGCAUGAUACUGAAGACACUCGGGGUGAACUAUACCUGCCCUGUUUCCCAGCUGGAGUUCCAGCUUGUCUCAGUGUGCACAUGUACCAGAUGUGGGCGCGAGUCGUCCACCAGAGAGGACUACAAUCACCUCUCAUUGGACUUCAGCUCUGAGCGCACCUUGCUAAGCAGCCUAGCACUCACUUUCAAAGUCAGCACGUAGGGUUUAGCCCUGGGUGUAGAGACUAACACCCAGGGCAAGCUGCCCACUGUCUCAGAAUACGGUAUCUUAUUAUUGUAGUGGUAUCACUCAUUUUGUAAUGCUUUUGUUUCUAACCCAGGGCGAAAAGGUUGAAUUCACAAGUGCAGGCUGCAAGGGCCUCCACGCCUCAAAGGUGGAGCAGUUCCACACACUACCUCUAGGUUUGGAGGACCUGGGGGGUUGGAGAAGCUGGAGGCUCCUCUUUUGUUUCCUUCGGAGCUGAGGCUCUCCACCUUCUGUGGGGACACGGUGCCACCCCUGCACAGUGCCAGCCCACAGGCCCUCACCAACCAGAUCCCCAAUAUCCAGGUGUCCAUCCACCAGACCCUCGCCAGCCAAGUCUCCAACCCACCUGGAGAGGCCAAAGAUAGCCCCCUCUGCU